UUAAUUUACUAGAUUGAUUAGUUGGGUAUUAAUAGUGUAGACAAUUGUCUACUAUAUUCUGCUGAAUUCAGUUUUUCCUGUGAAAUUUAUUUUGGUGAGUCUGGUUGUGGAACAGUGUGUGGCCGCUAGUAGUUAUGAAGGACGAAAUAGCAGCAGCUGUGUUCUUUGUAGCACGACUGGUCAAGAGACAUGGCUGCCUGGACAACGAGGGCAGAGAUCGCUUUGCUGCUGCUCUGACCUCUGCUCUGUUUGAGAGCUACAAGAACCAUUGGUACCCACACACUCCCACCAAAGGCCAGGCGUACAGGUGUUUGCGUAUGAAUCGUUUCCAGUUGAGGGACCCAGUGUUAGAAAGGGCAUGUAUAAAAGGUGCCAUUCUGUACGAAGAUCUGGGGUUGCCAAAUGAACUUACUGUCUGGGUGGACCCAGGAGAAGUCUCCUGCAGGUAUGGGGAGCGCUGUGCACCCUUCUGUGUAAUUCAGCUGGAGGACUUCCACCGUGGUGGUGGGGAAUUUUCUCGUCGUAUUCAAAAUGCUGUGGAGCGUGCUGCCUUGGAUGUCCAAUCAGGGGCCUUGUCUGAUGAGGAGGGUGGGGACACCAGCAUGAGUAGCAGUUGCAGCAGCCUAUCAACUUCAUGUCCUGCUCCAGGCCCAACCCCCAGCCUAGAGCCCAAAACGAUUCCAACAGUGAGCAAUCCUAACAGUGUCUACCAGAUCAGUGAAUUUGCUCCAGCUGGUCCACAGCCGUGGGCAGGGUACCCCAAAAGGAAGCCUUUCUCUGGGGAGGGCCACCCAUCUCAUGCCCCUCCAGGGACCCUGUUCUCCCAGCACAGCUUACAGUUCCCUCCCCAGAAAGGCUACAAACCCUACAGGGCAUCCUUCUGCUUUACUGGGCCCCGGGUUGACAAGUACCAUUGGGUCAGCAAGUCCAGGUCCUAGGGAACUGGAACUGCUGGGGAACCAAGGCCCAGGA